UGACGGCUUGAAGUGCACGUCGUGUAUUGACGAGGGAGCAGGAAGGGGGCUUGGCUUCGCCUCGCCUUCCACUGCCUGCGUGACAGGCACAAGACCGACACAUGUGGACAUGAGACAGCCCCCUAGGUGUCUCACUUUCUCGCCGUUCGCGCUGCUUCGUCCGCAGCCUUGACGUCAGCGCCGUGUUGAUUCGCUCCGGCGGCGAGACAAGGGAAGGAGUUCGUGCGUGUUGAGAGAGAGAACCAGAGAGCGGGGCUUGACUAUGCUCCACAAGCCCGCUGUCCCCCUCUGUUAGCCCGCGUACACUCCGGACGUGACUCGCUAACUUCAGGUUUCAUCUGGUUUCCCACAGUAGCUAAAACCACUGCGGAGCGGGGGAAGGCUAGCCUCAUGAGUUGGCCUCGCGCACUUCCUUUGACGUCAUGGAUUUAACAAAGAUGGGUAUGAUCCAGCUGCAGAACCCCAACCACCCCACGGCGCUCCUGCACAAGGCCAACCAGAUGCGCCUGGCGGGGACGCUGUGCGAUGUGGUCAUCAUGGUGGACAGCCAGGAGUUUCACGCCCACCGGACUGUGUUGGCGUGCACCAGCAAAAUGUUCGAGAUCCUUUUCCACCGCAGCAGCCAACAUUACACCUUGGACUUUCUGUCGCCAAAGACGUUCCAACAAAUUUUGGACUACGCUUACACUGCCACGCUCCAAGCCAAGGUGGAGGACCUGGACGACUUGCUGUAUGCGGCAGAGAUCCUGGAGAUCGAGUAUUUGGAGGAGCAAUGCCUCAAGAUCCUGGAGACCAUCCAGUCGUCGGAUGAGAACGAUGCAGAGGUCGGUGUUAACGACGGCAGCACCGAGGAGGACGAUGAGCGCAAAGGCCAUAAUGGAGUCAAGAACUCCAAAAAGCAUUCCAUUGAGAACCUCUACCUGUCGGGUACAGAGCAACUGUCUGCCAUGUCUGGCAUGGUGGACCAGAGUCCCUCAGUCUCCACAUCCUUUGGCGUCUCCAACCUGAGCCCCACCAAAGCCGCCGUGGACAGUUUGAUGAGCAUCGGCCAGACCCUGCUUCAGCAAGGCUUUGGGGGCGAACACGGCAACGCCCACCACCUCAUGAGUGAGAUCAAGACUGAAAUGAUGCAGGUGGACAUGGGCGGCAACGGCCACGAAAGCAUGGAGUCCGGCGGCUCCAGCAAUGGCGAGCGAGGCGGGGAGGACCGGAAUCGAGACGGACCGGGCACGCCGACCAGGAGCAGCGUGAUCACCAGCGCUCGCGAGCUGCAUUACGUCCGCGACGAUGGCAUGGGCGACCCUCAAGCCGAAGUCAGCCACAUGGGUUUGGAAGCCAUGGCCGGGAUGGCGGAGAAACACUUGGCGUCCUUCUACUCCCUCCCCGUCAAUCACAAAGGCGAGGCCAUCAUGUCCAUGCCGGUCUCGAUGGCCUCCGCGCUGCCCAUGUCGCCGGCCUUGGCCAUGUCAGUGGACUUGAGUGCCUAUGGCGGACUGCUUCCUCAAAGCUUCAUCCAGAGGGAGUUCUUCAGCAAGCUCGGCGAGCUGGCGGUGGGCAUGAAACCCGAGGGCAGGAACCAGCACGAACGCUGCAAUGUUUGUGGAGUGGAACUUCCGGAUAACGAAGCUGUGGAGCAGCAUAGGAAGAUGCACAGCGGAAUGAAGACCUAUGGAUGUGAGCUGUGCGGGAAGAGCUUUCUGGACAGCCUCCGUCUACGCAUGCAUCUGCUGUCUCAUUCAGCUGGCGAGAAGGCCAUCGUAUGUGACCAGUGCGGCGCUCAAUUCCAGACAGAAGAAUCCCUGGAGGCCCACCGGCAGAUCCACACCGGUUCGGACAUGGCCAUCUUCUGCCUGCUGUGCGGCAAGCGUUUCCAGACGCAGACGGCGUUGCAGCAGCACAUGGAAGUCCACGCCGGCGUGCGCAGCUACAUCUGCAGCGAAUGCAACCGGACCUUCCCGAGCCACACGGCGCUCAAACGCCACCUGCGCUCACACACAGCCGGGGACCACCCGUACGAGUGCGAGUUCUGCGGGAGCUGCUUCCGCGACGAAAGCACGCUGAAGGGCCACAAGCGCAUCCACACGGGGGAGAAGCCCUACGAAUGUAACGGCUGCGGCAAGAAGUUCAGCCUCAAGCACCAGCUGGAGACCCACUACCGCGUGCACACAGGUGAGAAGCCAUUCGAGUGCAAGCUGUGCCACCAGCGAUCCAGGGACUACUCGGCCAUGAUCAAGCACCUGCGCACCCACAACGGCGCCUCGCCCUACCAAUGCACCAUCUGCCUGGAGUACUGCCCCAGCCUGUCGGCCAUGCAGAAGCACAUGAAGGGCCACAAGCCCGAAGACAUCCCUCCAGACUGGCGCAUCGAGAAGACCUACCUGUACCUCUGCUACGUCUGAGAGCACAGGAGGUAUCGGCGGAAGAGGCGGGUAUAAGGAGAAUGUAGUUAAGGCGUUAGACGAAGAUGUGACGGAGGGCAGGCGAUGCAAAAGUGAAGCGUCGAAAGACUGAAGAGAACGUAGAAUGUAGUUAAGGCGUUAGACGAAGAUGUGACGGAGGGCAGGCGAUGCAAAAGUGAAGCGUCGAAAGACUGAAGCGAACGUGAUGCGUUCUCUUCUUUUCUUGCAAAAGAGGCGACACAAGAAGGGUCUUCCUGGAAAGACUCGCAGAGACGUCGAGUGUCCGCCGUUUGUUCGGAAUCACCGGGUCAUUCCCGCACACACGCGCAUUGUAUUACUUUGUUGUUUUUUUCAUUUCAGGUUGCCUCGUGAUGCAAACACGAGUUGCAGGGAAAGUGUUGCUGCUACAGCGUUGACAGAUUCUCAAGGGCUAUCAGACCCAGCCGAAAUCUUACACUAUUAUUUCGUAUUAUCUCUAGGCCCACGACACUAGCGACGUGUUUGUUUACCCCCCCCCCCCCCCCCCCCCAAUCUCCAAACAAAUUUGGAUCACAUGAAGACGACGUGAAUGUGAAAUUGCAGUUUUGGGGAAAGAAAUUUAAACACUUUGUUUUUCUGGUAGUUGCAGUUGCAACUAAUACGAGUGUAGACCUCUACCAAGGCCUGCCAGUCCACAGUUUGCAUCAGUACCAAAUUGUGUACUUGGUAGAUACCCACUUCAAGGAAUUAUUUCCGGAGGAAUUGGAGGCAAAUGUACCAAAAUUCCCAAUCUUUUAAUGUUAAUAAUAGUGGCAGAAACGUCUUGGAUCCGCACCAAAUUGGAAUGGCUUCUUCCAUGGCCCAUGCCCUGCCCGUCCACCUAGUGGUGUGGUCAUACGAUAAAUAGUUUUUGCGUAAUUACGCUAACAAGCAAAGAGCGAUUAAAAACCUUUGUCAAGAUUCUGCCAAGAUCCAACAAUGCCAAAUCGAGUCAAAAUGUACACUUUCGUUGAUACUGUAAAUCCCCUCGUUGUUCAUUAAGAUUCCUGAUUUAUCAACUACGAGAUUAGGGACAAUGUCAAAAAAGUGCUCUUACUUCUGUAUCAAAAAUUGGAUGACGUCCCUCUUUUCCGCUAGGUUUUGUAGAAAUCUGUCAAGUAGUAGUUUUUUUUUCCUUUCAUAAUCAUGGUAACGAACCUCCUUGGUAGAGGAAGCUCGAAUGGCACUUAGUGGAGUGCAGGCCUCUUCCGAGAUUGAACAUUUCCUGGAUUUUGAUUAUCCACUUAGAUAUUGAUGCAAAUUCUAAAAAGUGACCAAGUGUUCAAAACAAGAAGUCCUGGAUCGCCACCCUUUAUCAGAGCAACACCAAGAUUUAUUAUUUCGUUCUUCCUUGGCCCAUGUUCCGUCCGUUUGGAAGGUUUUGUGGAAAUCAGUGUAGUAGUAGUUUUUUUCCUGAUCCUGCUACCCAAAAAGAAAAAAAAAAACAAUGUGAAACAAUUACCAAACUUCCUUGGUGUAGAGGUAGCUAGAACGGCAGUCAGUAGAGCGCAGACUUUUUGUAGAUUUUGGUUAUUCACUGAAAUUGAUGAAAAGUUCCUGCAUCGGCAGAUUCACCAGAGCCGCACUGGAAUGAACUCCGUUCUUUCUUCUGCAAAGGUUUUGUGAAAAUCAUUCAUUUUUGCUUGACUUUGCUUUUUACAAAAAACUGCGUUACCGCGUCCCCAAAACUUCCUUAGUGUUGAGGUAACUAGAAUGGCAUUCCGCCAAGGCCGAACAAUCCUGAUUCGCAUCAAAAUAUGCAUCUUACAUAAAGACUUGAAAUUUCUUUCAUGAAUUAUCCCAUGAGAACAUUUCCAAAAAGUCUCCCUACAGAAAAAAGUUCUUGGAUCUGCACUGAAAUUGGACGACUCCUUCCUCAGCCCCCCUUGCCCAACCCCUCCACCAAAGUUCGUCUUGGUAAAAAAAAUAAUAAGAAUAAUAAUUUUUUUUUUUUUUUUUAAACGCUAACUAAGCAGAACUGAAUGAAAUACUUGAAUGUGGAAGAGUCAAUUUCCCCAGUUUUUCACAGUAUUCCCAGAUAGCCCCUGAGAAUCGUCAGCCGAGCCGGUUGGAAUAUGCAGUAAAUGACAAAACGGGAGCGCUAAAAACAAAGGAUGAACCUGAAUGGUAGGUGUUGGGUUGGGCGGGAGGGGAGGGGAGGGGCACGGGGGGCAGGGCUAUAGUGCUGCUUUUUUUUUUUUUUUUUUGUCGGCAUCCUCUCAAUGGUCUUCCUGGUUCGGAUGUCAAAAGGCUGACUUAUAUUUUGUUACGCUCUGCAUCAUCAUCAUCAACAAUGUAUCACCGCAACUACGACAACAGUCUCUGUUUGAUAUCAGUCAAGCUAUACAUAGUCACAUUAAUCGCCGUAAUACACCGCCGCCAUCCACGUAUACUCUCGUUUAUCUCACACUAACCACAAAAAGACGGACUUGGGAAAGAAAAAUGGCUGCUCUCGAAGGAGUGAAUGUCAGAAAUGGGGAGACGCCGGUGGGGGGGACGCCGACCGACCGACCGACCGACCGGCCGGCCGGCACUCUCUCAACACGUGAAUGUGAAAAGACUUGCACGCCAAGGCGAGGAAAUUUGCCAACCUGCCUGGCAAAGAACGAACAUCACUGUUAUCCAUGGAAGAGGAAGCGGGAAUCAUCGAUUGGACUGCUUUAUUGAUCGACAGAGGGGCAGGACCAAUAGGGCGACGGAUAAAUUGAGUCUUUGUCUGUGGUUUCUUUUCCUCGUUUUCACUUCAUACUUGAAUUACCUCAUAUUGUGACCUCAUGUUUUGUUUUGUUUUGUUUUUUUUGUUUGCGUUUUCCCCACGCUUUGCUUGCGUCGCGAGUCGGAGAGAUGCGUUGCACAGCGUGAUGAAGCAGUGUGUGUGUGUGUGUUUGUGCGUGUGUUGGUACACAGAUACACAAUUCAAAAGUGCCGCGGCAGCCAUGAGAUUUAGUUUGUCUGUGCAUGUUACCAAACUUGGUAUUAUUAUUAUUAACUGUGCUUGUUAAAGAGUCAGCAGGUUUGGUCUUUUUUUUUUUUUUUUUUUAGGGUUUGUGUGUGUGUGUGUGUGUUUAUUAUAAAAGCUACCUCUCUAAGUUCUUGUUUUGGCAAAAGCACAUUGUCGUUUUAUGACUUUUCAUCAUUGCUACUUCAUCUCAUGCUUGUGUUUUUUGAUGUUUUGUUCCUCUAAUUUGAGUCACCGUAUUUCCUCAAAUAGCGGCCAUUUUUUCGAAUAGACACGGAUGUGCCUCCACAAAUAAGCGGGAAUAACAAGUUGUAAGUAUAAUUAAAUCAGUUUUGGUCGCUGUUGCUAACCAAAGCAGCGGCACCUACCGAGGCAUGUAAACAGCAUUUUGGCUGUAUUGAAAUGUGGAGGCAUACACAUAAUUUCGCCAUGAUCUUUUUGUUUGCUUCUCUUUCCCCCGCUCAACUGGAAUUCCGCCAGGUUACCGAUUGUUCGCACUUACAGUAACUAUGUUGGUAACCAAAACAGCAGCACCUGCUGAGGCACGUAAACCACUCUGAUUAAUCACAGUGUUGCCACAUGUUGUAACUGACAUGAUCAUCUUUAACGACGAUUAGCGUUCCGGUAGACGAGGUCUCGCCACAAUGUUGCGUACGCGACUAAUAGGCUCUGCUUCUUGCCCUUUCAUCAAAUUUCUACAUUAAUUAUCAUUUUGAUUUGGUUUUUGUGAAUACAUUAUAAAGUAAAUAUUACUAGUCGCAUAUUUUUUGAGGAACAUUACCCCCCUUUAUUCACGUUUUUAACCCGAUUUUACCCUAUACCUAUUCACUUCUUUUUUUAACCCGAUCUCUGCUUAUUUGAGUUUUGUUUCAUACCCGAGCUCCCGCCUUAUCACAUUUUUUUAUUUAUCUGAUCCCUCACUUAUUUGCAUUUUGUUUUUACCCCAUGCCACCUUUUUUUUUUUUUUUUACACAAUCCGUGCUUUUUUGGGGAGUUAGUUUUAGUUUUUUUCCAUGACCCAAUCCCCCACUUACUUACAUUUUGUUUAGUUUUUUACCCAUUCCCCGUGUUGUUGUUUUUUUUAUCACAUCCAACCCCUUGCUUACUUGCAUUUUCUCUACCCAAUCCCCAUUUAUUCACUUUAUUUAUUUUUUUAUUUUUUUCAACUGAACUGAUCCCCAGUUAUUUGCAUUUCUUUUCCCAACUUUUUUUCAUGACAAUUUCAAGGGUAGCGUCAAUUAUUUGCGACUUUUCACUAUUCACAGUCGGGCUUGGUCUCUAUCCACCGCAAAUAGUGGAGGUACACUGCAUUCCAAAAAUACACGCGCCGCCUCCAUCUGCGGUUAAGUAACUAAACACCCCCCACCGCCCCUAUAUGAGGAAAUAUGGUAGUUGUGAAGCAAAAAUGUAAAACAGUAGAAAAAAUAACCAUAGUAGAGGUUGAUGGGACAGGGCAAAGUCGGCAGAGGGAAGGAAAAUUUGGGAAUGAAAAAAACCUUAAAAAUACAAAAUAAAAAAGCAAUUUUGAAGCCUUAAGUGAUGCGCAGAGAAAGGAGGAAGGUAAGUGGGAGAGGAAAGCACUAUUGCUUUUUGAGUUCAAAAACGUAGACACUUGAACAUAUGUGAAUAGACUUGUAGUUUUGUAUUGUGAACGGUGGAUCAAAAGGUGCUGGAGGUCUUUUUUCUUUGUUUGUUUUUUUUGCAGCGAUGGACAAUUGGAUGUUCAGUAAUCAUCGAGAAAAAGAAAUGUCAAAAACUGAAUUCCUGAACGAGAGCCAACGGAGACAAUUUGAUAUAAAAAAACAAAUUGUGAUAUUUUUGUAUUGCGUGUCGGUCCUGUUUAAUUUUUUUCCCCUUUUGUGGAGAGUUCAAGCAGGGCAACAGAUGUCUUCUUCUUUUUUUUUUUUUUUGCUUUUGUUUUGUCUCCUGGGUGUAAUUUCUGCCUUGCUCCUCUUUGAUAUCGUGUGAACAUAUUGUAUUAAUAAUGAUGAUAAUAAUAAUAAGUGUUGCUUUCUGGAUGUCAAUUGCAUUGUAGGUGAAGGACUAAAAAUCUUACCGCCAACUUUUUUUGUAUGUGACAUAAAAAAAAAAAAAGCGGAGUACUUGUCACUCACCAUCCCGUCAAUCAAUCUUGACUGUGGGCGUGGUAUUAUUAUUAUUUUAAUUUGUUUUUGUACUUGAAAAGAAAAAAAAAGAAGGGAUGGCACGUCCCAUAUCACUGUGAGCUGAGGGCUGUGGGGAUUUUAUUUUUUUUCCACAACACACGACAACACCCACAAAUAACGACAGCAAAACAGUCCCACAAUGCAACACUUCCCCGUCAAGUUAGUCACGUGACCCUCACCCCCACCCGCCCGUCAUGGUCCUCUGAAUGUUUUCUACUUUUUCCGUGCGCGUAACUGAGUGUGUAGCUAUGCGUGCGUGUGCGUACUAGUGGAAAAAUGCACUAAAUCAGAUACGAAACUUCUAUUCUAUGCCACUGUUUUUUUCUUUCUCUGUUGGAAAAAAGAUAUAACUCUAUGACACGUUGGCAUUGAUAUAGUUCUUCCCUCAGUGUUCCUCUCUGAUGUUUUUUCCUGUACUCUUUGUGUGCCUAAAAAUGGAAAUUGUUGAAGAAAAGAAAAAAUACGCGCUGUGUUUCUGUAUUUUCGGAUGAAAAUUUUUGCAAAAAAAAAAAAAUUGAAAAACAAAAUGUCUGCCAGCAGCCAUGGGAUGUCAUGAAACCUAAUUAGCUUUAUUUUUUUAUUUAAUUUUUUUACAUUUUUGGGGGGGUCAGCAACAGGUUUGCUGACACAUGGGGAAACAUUCUGCAAAAAAGUAGCUAGAUUUAUGAAAGGUUGACACCAUUUUUUUAAUUACCCAAAUUUGAUUUUUAAGUUCAGUUGUUCCUUGAGAUACAGUAAGCAGGUUCCAACAUUUGAGUUUUCCGGACAAUUUUUUUUUUGCUUUGACACAUGGAGACAGAUAAUAUACAAAUACUCACAGACAUAUCGCUGGCACCGGGUGGAAACGUAUGUCCAAAUGUGGUUAUUUUCAUAUUUUUCACAAAUCGAUACUGUUGGUCAGUCCCCACGUGGGUCUGUUAUUUUUACAAAUUAUUGACCAAUCCAAAGUGUUGAAAUUGCCAAUGCAGUGGUAAUGGCUCAACAAACAUGGCACUUUUUGGGUUUCCUGAAAAACGAUGGUUUGGGAGAUGCAAGAAUUCUGCUCGACGCCAGCGAUAUAUUUUUUAUCCUCUGUGAAGAACAACGAAUAUUACUGCAGCUUACUGAGAGGCUGUGACAAUCUUGUGCAUCCGGAUGUCUGUAUUAUACUGCCCCACGGUGGCCGUAGCGUGCACACCAGAAGGAGCAGAACAAUUUCAUUGAAGCAAAAAAAAAUUGGGCUAAAACUGUUUACUUUUUUUACAUUCUAUUUGUUAUUAAUGUAUGUUUUUCUAUAGUGAAAUAUUAUGGAGUGCUAGUUUUCUUAUUUAAAAAAAACAUCACCAAAAAAAUUAAUGGCAUUUCCAUUCAUUUCAAUGGGGAAAGAUGUGUUUUAAGUUAAAAGCAAAGUAAAUUCUUAUCUCAAGGCACCACUGUAGUUUUGAUUGAGAUUUUUAUUUUUAUUUUUUUUUCCCCCUACAUGAUGUGUUCAGGGCGCAUGGUUAAAAAAAAAAAAAAAAAAAAGAGGCACUCAUGGCAUCCCUGGAGCUGGCACUCGUACAUGUGUGUGUGCGUGUAUGUGUGUUUUUGGUGUGGUGCUUCUUCUCACCAUUUCACGCCCAUGUGCCAUCGAGGUCUCGAUGUACAUUUAAAAGAAAAUUGAGAAAAUGUCAUUUUAAAAAAAGUAAAACACCACGUUAUUUUUUUAUCUUAGCACUGAGGACCAACAACUUUGCCCCGUUCGGACCAAGUAUAACAAAGCUUUUUUUGUUUGUUUGUUUGUUUUAUAUAUAUAUAUAUAUAAAACGUAACAAAGCAUUUUUUGUUUUGUUUUCUUUCUUUCUCUUUGUGCUACUUCUCUCCUCCUCCAUUUUGGUGGCAGCACAAGUCGCUCUGUAUUAUUAAGAAAUUUAAAGAUGAUAGUGUUUCUUUUUUUUAUUAUUAUUAUAAUAAUGAUGAUGAUUUGAAUUGUUAUAGUUUUUGUCUACCUCAGCACCUAAUCUUAGCCUAAUCUUAGAAGGUGCCCAAUUAUUAUUUUUUAAAUUCUUUCUUUCAUUUUUGUUCUCUUAUUUCGUACUUUUGUUAUUGUUGAAAUUUGCAUUAGAGCUUAAAAAAAUUUAAAAGGUCCUUUGUCUUUUCCAGCAACAAUUUGCGAUAAUCCCCCCCCCCCCCUCCACCUUUCCACUGUGGCAAUAUGUUUUCAUAUCUCUCACCACUGUUGAUAUAGAGGUUUUUUUUUUUUUAUUAUUAUUAUUAUUAUUUCCAUGUAGAAUCAGACACAUCUCUUUGUAACAUGUCAGUGUUCUCUGAUGGAGUGUGUAAAAAAAAAAUCAAUAAAUAAAAAGGAUUUAAUGCUGCAGGUCCUUCCAUGUUGUCACUAAAGUCGUCAAUGUUGUGCCUUUUUGAUCGUGGAAAAAAAUAUUAAACGUUUUUUGUUUGUUUUUUACAUCCUACUAACAGUAUAUUGUCUUUUUGUAGUGGAUUGAUUUGUUUUUUUAAUUUUUUUUUAUUUUUAUUUAUGGGUCUCAUUAUAAAAAUCAAUUGUACUCACAGGAAAUAAACAAUGGACUUUGUCAGUUGUCUUAGCAGUC